AUGCGUUUGAAUGUGCGUUGGGAUGAUGAGGGCACUCGAUCGGUGACGACGGCCGAUCUUGAGUCGAGCAAUCAAGCCGUGGUACCGGCUUGUGGUCGUCAUUUACAGAGUCGGAACGCUGAGGAUGGCACCUCUGAGGAUAUUCUCAUCGUGAAACUCCGACGCGGUCAGGAAAUUCGAAUGAAAUGUUUCGCUAAAAAGGUUUUCCUCCAAUAUUGA